UUGUGUACACGUGUGCCUACGGAUAUUUCUGUCAUAUAUAUAUAUAUAUAUAUAUAUAUACAUGCAUAUGAGUGUAUAUAUGUAUCACUGACAAUACUGUUUGUCUGUACUGGGAGAGGAUGGGAUUGAAAAAGAGCACAAUAAUACUUUUCAUUGAUUCAAACUAUAAUACACGUGUAAAAUAAACCCAAUCCAACUGGAUUAUUGAUACAAUCAAGUAAUAAUCACAAAUAAUAACACUAAUUACACACUGAUAGUUUAAAAGAUAAACGAUAUUUAUUACAGAUACAUUUUUCCUAAUUAUUCAUUGGCUAAAUAUGCUGUUUGCCAUUACAUGACCUUGAAUAAUCAUAGUUUUAAACAAAAUUUUUGAAUCAUCAUAUUCAUUAUAUGUAUAGUCAUAAUUCUCAGUAUUUCUAACUAACUAGGGUUUAUUGUAUUCAUUAAAAUUUAAUUAAUUAAUAAAUAAAUAAACAGACAGACAAACGGAUAAACUAGAACAAAUUUUUGGUCUCAAUUACUCCAGUAUUGUUUGUGUCUGUUUGAAUAUAAUGAAGAAGUGAGAACUUGUUCAAUUUAUUCAACAUUGGAAUACAAUUCAUUCUAGAAAAAUAUUGAAUAAUUUAUUUGAAAACGAAACAAAUUAUUUGCCUUUCAAUCAAAGUGAAAAUAAUCAACAAGAAAGAUAAAUAGAUACUUUCAAUUUAAUAAAUAUUUCUGGGAAUAUUUAUUUGAAUAAAAAAUCUUUCUUUAUCAUUAUUGUUGGUGUUUUAAAAAAAGAAAAAAAUAUUAUUAUUGUUAUGUCAAAUAGUACAAAGUGUAAUCCUAUGGCAAUGAUUGAUUUAAAGAAAUCAAAUAAUCAAGAUAGUGAUGCAUUGGACACAGUUAUAGUACCAUUAAAUUCAUCAACAACAACUUCUGUAAAAGAUCAUGAAUCAAAGAGUGGAAUUUCUAAACUAUUAUAUCUACUACUAAUUUUAUUACUUGCCUUGAUUUUAUUAUUUUUAAUUGUUGCUAUCAUCAUUGCAGUCUACUAUUCAAAUGCUUAUCAUAAAUGUCAAGUUUCUAAAGAAUCAUACUGUGAUACAUCAGAAAGUUGCUUAGCUUAUGAGGUUGAUGAUGGUCAUUUCAUCUGUAAUGGGGUAUUAAUGUCUUCAUAG